AAAAAAGAAAUUAUGCAAAUAGCGUCCCAAGCGCACAAGUAAUACAAAAAAAAAAUAUUUAGUAGGAAUUAUCUAGUUAAGCUUAAGGCAAACGAUACGCACAAAAAUUGCCAUAACAAAUCAAAUAAGUUAAAUAAGUUAAAACUAAAAGUGUUAAACGAAAAAAACACACAAAAACGACAAGCAGAGGUCGCAGCAGAGGAAAGCCCAAAACACCAAUUAAUCGCAAAAAUCGAAAACUUAAUCGGAAAACUAAGACUAAGAUCGCUAAGCUAUAAUAUUUAGGUAGAACCCACUCUGAGGAUGAUGCCUUCGAUCUGAGGCCUAACGGUAGCGCUGGAGCAAUGACCUGGCCUUGGGUACCGUCUCCGUGUCCUUCUCCAUAUCCAAAUCCAAGUCCGCAUCCUUCUCCGUGUCCUGCCUUAGCCAGGAGCAGCAGCCAACAACAGGUGCAGCCACCGUAUCUUUGAUGCCCGGCCACUAAAGCUGAAGAGGAACGGCAGCAGCAAAAAGGUAACAGGACCAGGAUCAGGAGCAGGUGGAACUGGACUGAGGAAACGAAGUGGCGGCGCCUCUGCUUUGCGCGAUGCAAGCGAACAGCAGCCGGUCGAAUCUAAGCGCACAAUCCUCGGGCACGCCAUCGGCCUCAACGAUCUCCUCGUCCCAGGGCAAGCAACAAGUUGUCGAAUUAUCGGGCUAUGUCAUCAUACUCGUCGAGAAUGUGGAGGGUAAAAUUAAACUAUACGGCUCACCGCCCGAUCGCGAUAAUCUGGAAGUGGGCGAUGAGAUACUCGAGGUCAAUGGCCUGACCCUGGAGAACAUAUCCCGCACGGAGGUCAUUCGCCACAUACACGACUGCAUUAAAUCCUGUACCAUAUGUCUACGCGUGCGAAAGAAGAACGAUUCUCGACUGGCCUGGGACAUUGGCAACUCGGUGCAGGACGCCUUCGUUAUUGCCGUUGAGGAGCACGCCCGCGAGCGUCUGCAGCGCCUGGCGGCCUUGAAUCGCGUCACGCCCGUGGAUAUCACGCAGCUGUCCAAGAAGCUGCAACAAACGAAAAGCGGAACAGCGACCAGCCAGCGUCAGGAUCUGAGCUUCCUUAAUGAAUCAACGCCCAUUUAUGUGACCUCCUUCACCAGCAACCAGAUCACCUGCAGCAGUUCCACAAUGACAACGGCCACUGCCGGCGGUCCGAUCAGUGCUCCCUCGCUUGCGCCGACCACGGCCACCUCCACAGUGCCAACGGCCAGCUCCUCCUCUGCGCCAGCACCCAACCAGGUAGUAGCCCAGGUGGUGGUGGAGCAGGGUGCCUCGGCGCUGGUCAGUGCCGCUGUAGCGGCAGCCACGGCCGCGGAUCGUAAUGCGAAUAGCACUACAUCGGCGGCCAUGAAGCAGGCAGGUAUCGUGGGAAGCUCCUCCUCCUCCGCCGUUGCCAGCACCACCGCCGUUAGUACCACCAGCGCCACCAUUAGUACUGGCACCAGUACGAGUACAAGUACCAGCAGUGCCACCGGUCACAUCUACCAGACCAGCCAGGCGCAGCAGCAGCAGUUGCAGCAGCUUCAGCAGCAACUGGCAGCGGCGGCGGCGGCGGGCAAACCCUUGCAGGCCAAGUCCCUACUGGCCAGCAGUCUCCAACAUCUUGCCGAGGAGGUGGACAAUGAGGAUUUGGACGAUGAUGACGAUGUGGAUGGGGCCAACUACUGCGGCAUUACGUAUAUUAGUUACAACAACAAGCAUGCCCAGCUGCCGACGACGACGCAUCCGGCAACCACUGCAUUGCCCACGGCAGCUGCAACGUUGGCCACCACAGCGGCUAUCCAUCAGCAUCGGCACAGUGGUCACUCCAUCCAAUCCCUGAAUCGACCGGCACCGCUACAGCUGGGCGCUGCAGUGAAUCCUUGCUUUGUGGAUGCCCAAACGUCCACAUCGCCGCUGCUGGCCAAUGCGGAUAUGGCACCUCCUCCACCUACGGCGGAGCAGCGGGAAAGAGUUCAUGUCCAUGGAACCACCACGCCCAAGACGGAAUACUCCACCGCCAUUUCCAGUGGCCAGCUGCAGCAGGCAUUUGCUGAGUUGCAGCUCCAUUCCAGCAACAAUAAUGCUGCACAGCAGCAGCAGCAGCAGCAGCAACAUCUACUCCUAAGCAACAACAAUAAUAGCAAUAAUUCCAUGGCAGCAGCACAAACGGCAUCACUAAUGAAGAAUUGUGAUCUCCUGAUAUCGAACAAUCUGUAUCCACCGAGAAGAGAGUUACUAGACGACGUCAUAGUCCACCAGGCCAGUGAUGUGCAUUCGUAUAACACGAGUGCCACAGCAACAGCAGCAAUUUCUAGUGGCAACAACCGAUCGCAGCAGCAGCAGCAACAAUUGCUGAGUGCCGCCUACGAGUUGCAGCAACAGCAGCAGCAACAGUUGCAACUGCAACAGCAGCAAAACAGUCCCACAAGUAGCAUAUCAAUAGGAAGAACUGAACUUCUACUGGGCGAUCAGAGUCUGCGACUGGAUCACAAAGGGAAUCGCCGGCGCUCUGGUUCAAGCAUCGUUGUCCUGGACGGCGACGACCUAAAGCCAUGUCUGCCGGAUGACUACAUAAGCGGCCAGCACCACCAUCAGGUCCACCAGCAGCAGCAACAACCGCUGCCGCAAUCGCUGCAGUAUCCUCCCUUCCAGCAUCAGCACUAUCGCACGCACUCGGGCGACAUCAGGGAGAUUGACCAGGAAAUGCUGACCAUGCUGUCCGUGAACCAAGAUAACGGUCCUCACCGCGAAAUGGCCGUCGACUGUCCGGACACGUUCAUUGCACGCAACAAGACGCCACCCAGAUAUCCGCCACCCCGUCCACCGCAGAAACACACGAAAAGCACAGCCAAGAACACCACCACGCACAACAACACCAAAACCACCACCAUCCACCAACAUGAACAUUAUCCAUCAGCUAUGACUAACAAUGAUCAUGCUAACAAAAAAUUGUUAAUUGUUGCAUAUCAUUCUUCACAUCAACAUGAACAACUACAACUACAACAACAACAUCAACAACACUCACCAUCAAAUUCAACAACAAUAUCAACAACACCAUUCUCACUCGAUGUGGCCACACAAAACUUGUACAAUCAAAAACAACAAAAUAAAUUGGAACAAAUUGAAAACUAUGAAAACUGCCUGCAAUCGGAACAACCACAACAACAACAACAACAAUUGAGCGAACAGAAACAACAGCAAUUACAAUUAGUGACUGCAACUGCAACAACAACAACAACAGCUGCAUCGGCAACAGCCACACAAAUCGCCCAGCAGCAAACGCCUAGCAACAAAUUGCAAGCAACACUAAGCAGCGAUCCCAAUGGCAACAGCAACAGCCUCAUGAUCAACAGCAGCAACAGCAGUAGUCUUACGGAGGAUUUUCUGGAAGGAUUGUAUCAGCGCAAGGACACAGCCUCGCCCUCGUCGAGUGCCUUCGACGAGGUGAUGAGUAAACACACCCUGGACUCCUUCGGCAGCAUCGCCUAUCGUCACCUGCAGCAACAGCAUCAGGCCACGAGCAACGGCAACAGCAGCAGCAGCAAUAACAGCAAUACCAAUAGCAAUAGCAACAGCAACAACACGAAUGGAAACAGCAGCAGUAGCAGCAGCAACACCAAUUCCAACUCCAACAGCAGCAAUAGCAGCAGCAACAGGAAUCUAAACAAUCCCGGCCAGACCCUGGUUACCACCAGCAACAGCAACUCGCUUAACAGUAGCAACAGCUCCAUGCAUACCAGCAAUAGCAGCAACAUGGACAUGGUCAGUGUUACCAGCAGCUCCACGGUGCCGGAUGACCUCAGUUUGGCUCCACCUGGCUACGAGGUGAGCCAACAGCAGCAGCAGCAACAACAGCCAACUACAGCUACAGCUGGUGCUCCCGUGGCGGUGUUGCUGCCACCUUUGGCCAAGCAUCGCGAGCUGCCCGUGGAUGUGCCGGACAGUUUCAUUGAAAUGGUGAAGGUACCGCCGAGAUAUCCACCGCCAGCGCAUCUCUCCUCGCGUGGAUCGCUGCUCUCCAACGGCAGCGCCUCCACCGCCCAUACCACGCUCUCCUCGCUGGGCGUGUCCGUGUCCCCUGUUGCCACAGCAACAUCUGCUAGUAACACUUCCCAUGUUGCAGGCACCGGCGAUACGAAGAGGGUGGCCGAUGAGCUCAAUGGGAACGCAAAACCUGUGCCACCGCCCAGGGAUCACCUGCGGGUGGAGAAAGACGGGCGCCUGGUCAACUGCUCACCUGCCCCCCAAUUGCCGGACCGCCGGGCGCCGGGUAAUGCCAGCAGCGGUAGUAGCUCUGGUCCGCCGUAUAUGCAUCAGCAUCCGCUCCAGCACUCGCACCCACAACAACAGAUUGCCCAGAUUGUGGAGCCAACGCUGGAGCAGUUGGACAGCAUCAAGAAAUACCAGGAGCAACUACGCCGUCGACGCGAGGAGGAGGAGCGCAUCGCUCAGCAAAAUGAGUUCCUGCGGAACAGCCUGCGCGGCUCUAGGAAGCUCAAGGCAUUGCAGGACACGGCCACGCUUGGCAAGGUGGUGGCCCAGCAGCAGCAGCAGCAGGUGACGCAGGCCACCCAGGUGGGCGUUGAGAAUGAGGCGUACCUGCCCGAUGAUGACCAGCCGCAGCCAGAACAGAUCGAUGGUUAUGGCGAACUGAUAGCGGCCCUCACCCGCCUGCAGAGCCAGCUGACCAAGAGUGGCCUAAAUGCCCUGGCAAGUCGCGUCUCCACCGCCCACAGCGUUCUGGCCAGUGCCAGUGUGGCCCAUGUCCUGGCCGCUCGCACUGCCGUCCUGCAAAGGCGGCGUUCCCGCGUCUCUGGUCCUUUGCACCACAGCUCGCUGGGUCUGCAAAAGGACAUUGUGGAACUGCUGACGCAGUCAAACACAGCGGCGGCCAUCGAGCUUGGCAACUUGCUGACCAGCCAUGAGAUGGAGGGUCUACUGUUGGCCCACGACCGGAUAGCCAAUCACACGGACGGCACUCCCUCGCCAACACCCACGCCUACACCGGCCACAGCUUCGGGGGCUGGAGGAGUCACCACUCUUAGCGGGCACAGUAGUCCUGUGGCUGCGCCAAAACGAACACUGGGCAUGGUAGUGGCACCACCUGUUGUGCCAUCGCCGCUGGCUCAGCGCGGAGCAAUGCCAUUGCCACGUGGCGAGUCACCGCCGCCCGUUCCCAUGCAGAUGCCCACCAUGUCUCUGCCGAUGAGCGCCUGCUUUGGCACUCUGAACGAUCAGAACGAUAACAUUCGGAUCAUACAGAUUGAGAAGUCAACGGAACCGCUGGGCGCCACCGUACGCAACGAGGGCGAGGCGGUGGUCAUUGGUCGCAUUGUGCGUGGCGGGGCGGCGGAAAAGUCCGGCCUGCUGCACGAGGGCGACGAGAUUCUCGAGGUCAAUGGCCAGGAGCUGCGCGGCAAGACGGUGAACGAGGUGUGCGCCCUGCUGGGUGCCAUGCAGGGCACCCUAACCUUCCUGAUUGUCCCAGCUGGCUGUCCACCCGGAGGCGUUGGCAUGCUGGGCGGAGGCAGUGGUGGUGGAGUUGUUGGCGGUGGCAUUGGCAGCAAUGCGUUAGCUGGCUUGGGUGGAGCGCAUCGUGACACAGCCGUACUUCAUGUGCGGGCACACUUUGACUACGAUCCGGAGGAUGACCUGUAUAUACCGUGUAGGGAACUGGGCAUUAGCUUCCAGAAGGGUGAUGUCCUGCAUGUGAUCAGCCGUGAGGAUCCCAACUGGUGGCAGGCGUAUAGGGAGGGCGAGGAGGACCAAACACUGGCCGGCCUCAUACCUAGUCAGUCGUUUCAGCAUCAGCGUGAGACCAUGAAGCUGGCCAUAGCCGAGGAGGCGGGAUUGGCCAGAUCAAGGGGCAAGGAUGGAUCUGGUAGCAAGGGGGCCACCCUGCUCUGUGCUCGCAAGGGGCGCAAGAAGAAGAAGAAGGCCAGCUCAGAGGCGGGUUAUCCCUUGUAUGCCACCACAGCCCCGGACGAAACGGAUCCAGAGGAGAUACUCACCUACGAGGAGGUGGCCCUGUAUUAUCCCCGCGCCACCCACAAGCGGCCCAUUGUCCUUAUUGGUCCGCCCAACAUUGGAAGGCAUGAGCUGCGCCAGCGGCUGAUGGCUGAUUCUGAGCGAUUCUCUGCCGCCGUGCCACACACUUCACGAGCUCGCAGAGAGGGCGAGGUGCCCGGCGUGGACUACCACUUCAUCACACGCCAGGCCUUCGAGGCGGACAUCCUGGCGCGUCGCUUUGUAGAGCAUGGCGAAUACGAGAAGGCCUACUAUGGCACAUCACUGGAGGCCAUACGCACUGUGGUGGCCAGCGGCAAGAUCUGUGUGCUCAACCUGCAUCCGCAGAGCCUGAAGCUGCUGCGCGCCUCCGACCUCAAGCCGUAUGUGGUGCUAGUGGCGCCACCCAGCCUGGACAAGCUGCGCCAGAAGAAACUACGCAACGGGGAGCCCGUUAAGGAGGAAGAGCUCAAAGACAUUAUUGCCACGGCCAGGGAUAUGGAGGCCCGUUGGGGUCAUCUCUUUGACAUGAUCAUCAUCAACAAUGACACAGAGCGUGCCUACCAUCAACUGCUGGCCGAGAUCAAUUCGCUGGAGCGGGAGCCGCAAUGGGUGCCCGCCCAGUGGGUGCACAACAAUCGCGACGAGUCAUAAUGAUGGAGUGCCCAUGUCGGGCAAUGCACCUACACCCAGGCCCACACCCAGCCCCAAAUCUUUGUAAAUACAAUUUUCAAUUGAGCCAUCAAGCGGUGAGAGAGAGCAGGAUCGAGGCCCGUCUCCCGUCCAGUCCAGUUUGGCAGCAACUCCCCCCACCACCACUACCACUACCACAUCCUACACUCCAAUAUAAUAUAAUAUAUAAUAUAUAUAUAUAUAUUUAUGCUAUUCGUUGCAUUGUGCAUUUUAGUCUUAGAGCGAAGGAAGAGCGUUUUUAAACCCUGUUUGUUGUCCCCGCGAAUUGUUUUUUUUUUUUUUGUCGAGAAAGCGAAAAACCUCCUAAUGUAUGUUCACAAAACUCAAUAUGUUCGAUGAGCCCCAAAAUAAUAAUAUUUUAAUUAUUAAUUAAUAUAUUUUUAGUAUAUUAAUUAUUAAUUAAUAUGUUUUUAGUAUAUCAAUUAUUAAUUAAUAUGUUUUUAGUAUAUUAAUUAUUAAUUAAUAUUUUAUUAUUAUAUUAAUUAUUAUAAUUAUUAUUAUCGUUUACCUGCCUGCAACCACCUUGCAAAUGCAUAUUGUAAACGUUUGUUUUUUUAUUAAUCUUAAUUUUAAACUUAAAUUUCCUUAAUUGAAUUUGUAAAUUAAUGAUGUAGUUGUGUGCCCUGAAAAACAAAAGCGUAAUAUUAGUAUCAAAGACCUAGUAAUAAUCAAGAUGCAUAACGUCUAAAAAUCAAAAAAUUGAAUAUGCGUUUGUGGGCGCACAGAUUUAGAAUGCUUGAACAAAAUUUGAAGAAAGCUUUAAGCCAACUCAUGAGCCUUCAUUAGAUGUUAUGCAUAUUGUUAUUAAAAGGUACAGAGUCAAAAAAAACAGUCCGAAAAAAACCGAUCACCGAACAUAAAACCAAUUCAAAUACAAAAACCAGAAGAAGUUACUGGAACCAGAUUCAGAUUCCGAUGCAGAUGCAAGUGUUGCAAUUACGUAAUCUAUUUACUUUAUAUAAAUAUAUACUAUACGGAUAUAAAUACAUACACAUAAAUUAUAAAUCGAAGCGUACUUAAUACAAUUAUUUUUAACAAAUCGAAUGAAUGCAUGAGAGCGAAAGCAAAGCAAAACUAAAAAAUAAUAAUAAUAAAGAAGCGAAACAACAAAAUCAGUAAGUCAUUGCCAAAAACAAAAAACAAACAAAAAAGGAAAAGGAAAACAAAUGAAAGAAGGAGAUUGUUAGGAGAAUCAACUUAGCAAAGCCACACCACGAGCGAAAUUGUUAAAAACAAAUUCAAAAGAAAGACGAAAUGUAGCACUGUAAAAUAAUGGGAAAAAAUAACAUAAAACAAAAUGCAAAUAGAGAAAGGGGGAAGAGUCAGAGGACAAGUGAAAACCCAAGUAAAUGUUGUUGUAAUUAAUUAUUUAAAGUUAAAACCAAUUCAGAGAGGGGGAAAAGAUAAGUUUAAGUUGGUUUCAACUCCAACCUCAACUAACUAACUAACGAGCCGAGCAAAAGUACGGAUACGAAAUAUAUAGAAACCUAUACAAAUUCCAUUGAGAGAGAAGGCCAGUCAAGGAUUUUAUAUAAAAAAAAAUAAAUUAAAAAGAAAAGGAAAAGGAAAACAGAACAAAGGGUCAAGUAAGGAGAAUAGCAAACUACAUACAUGUUAUGCAAUGUUGAACACUUGAGCGAUUCUAAAAGCGAAUGAUAUCUAUAUAUAUAUAUACAUAAAAAUAAAUAUACGUGGCUUGAUCCUGGUCCCAGUUCCCAUUUCGAGCCAUGUGAUCCUUCCUAACCCCACCCCCCUCUCCCUCCGAGUCCAAGAUCUUAUCUUAUCGGGAUCACCGAUCAAUUCUGGAUCCAAACCCAAGCUGAGCUGCAUCGAAAUGGGAAAUGGCUUCCGGGCUAGGCUUCAAUAAUAUUAAAAAAAAAAAACAAAUUCGAAACAUUUUUUUUUUUUUGU